UGAUGUAGAUCAUCAAAAAGCUGACUGGGUUAGUAUCCACGAGCAAAUAUGCCAGCUGCUGAUUCCAAUCCGUACGUCCUGCCCUUGUCCGCUUUCUGAAAGAGAAAGAAAACAUGACAUGGAGCAGCUGGUGAAGAGGCAGAAAUACAUCAUCGAUCUCGCGUGCAGCACAGCCCAGGGGUUUCUUUUGGACAGAAAGCACCAAGAAGCGAUACCUGCAGCUCUGCAUGCACUGCAUUUCAGUACUGAAGUGUACGGCUCAAAUUCCGUGCAAUUGGUGCCUGCUUAUCUGUUCCUGGCAGAGGCCUCAGCUGGUGUUGGCCACCUUCUCCAGGCAUCUAAGUACCUGUCCCAAGCCCAGUGGAUUGUCCUCAAAGCUCCAGACUGCAGUCUUGCUGUUCAGCAUAAAUUACAUUGGAGUCUGGGGCUUUUCUAUGCUGCGGAAGGAAACUUUGAACAGGCUUUGUAUGACCUGGCGAAUGAUAUUUACUUUGCUAGUUCUGCGUUUGGACCAAAAUCUAUUGAGACCUCGGGGGGGUAUUUCCACAUGGCUAAUGUUUUCUGUCACCAGAACAAGAUGGACAUAGCAAACUCACUCUAUGCUGAGGUAGCCGACAUCUGGCAUGCCUUUCUCCUGAAGUCAGUGCAAGUGCAGGAGCAGAUUCUCAAGUCACAAUCGGAAGUGUCUCCAUUUACCGAGGACAAGGAAGUCGACGAAGACCUUAUGACUGAAGCCCAGCAAGCAGAAGCCGUCCAGGUGCUGAACGUGGUGUUAGAUAUCAGAGAACGGGCACCAAAGCAACAACCUGGGGAAGUCACCAGAGUUUUGCAUGCUCUCGCCAUGCUUUAUUACCUGAUCAUGGACUUUUCAAAGGCUCAUGCGCUGGGGAUGAAAGCCUUUGACCGAGAACAACUGCCUCAACCAGAGGCUCUGGAAGCCAUUGGUCAUUUGCUAAAAUUGAUUAACUCCAAGCUUUCCUACCCAAAAUAA